CGAGGGUGGUAAAUGAGAGAUAAGAUAUAUUUUCCACAACAAUCGGACGCUUUCUGUCUUCUCCACCAAGAGCCUUCCAACAAUCAUUUGGUUAACCUGUCGCGUUUUGAGGGUUUAGCAACAUGAGGCUUUCGAGAGUGUUCCGAGUACUUGGUUUUUCCUUAGCAUUCAUGUUGAGCAUAGGUGUCUUUAUUUUUCAUAGAACACACAUGAGCUUUCAGGAUUUCAAGGCAAUCUCGUUUCAUCCAGAAUUCAUCCCUUGGGCCCAAAGAGACCUGUUCGAUUUAUCUUCAGAGGAACAAAGUCAGUUCUUCAAGGACAAGGAACGCGAAUACGCUCAAAGCAGAGAGCGGAUUUGGUCCAUAUGUCAAAAUUAUAACACGUCUCGAAAGAUGAUCAAAGACAACCGACCAGGUUCUAUGAACAUUUUCAAGGAUAGAAUGGUGCACGACAAGAGACAUAAAGUGUCCUAUUGCAUGAUUCCCAAGGUGGCCAGUUCAACAUGGAGCAUGCAUUUCAUCCAGCUAGCAAAUGUCUCUCAAAAAACAAUUGAUCAUUGGGUUGAAGCCUUGCAAGUACUAGUUGUCAAUUUAUGGCCUUUUCCUAUGAAAAUAGACCCUCUGAAGGCCAUGGAGGGACAGACUUCAAUCGUGAUCUCUCGCCAUCCAUUGGAACGGAUCGCCUCCGUGUAUUCUCAGAAGUUAGUGAACUUGGGUCAAUCCAGUUGGAAGGAUUUCUCCGUGUGGAUGAUCAGAAGCUAUCGAACAUCGGAACCGAACCGGUUGCCCAAUUUGGUGUUGGCCGAUCGACCAGACAAGGAUCUCUAUGUCAGUCCGCAAGAGUUCGUUGCUUUUCUGAUAGACAAUUUGAGUGGUCGAAGAUUAGAACCAGAUCCUCAUUGGAUUCCACAAAGCACGUUGUGUCCCUUUUGUCUUUUCAACUUUACCGUUUAUGCCAAAAUGGAGACACUGCAGGAGGAUACGGCUUAUUUUAUACUCAAGUCUGGUCUGGCGCAUCUCAUGCAUCCAGAAUUAAGAAAAAAUCCGACCCAUCGCAAAGACCACUUGAAAUAUCAGAGGUUGUUCUGGUCGUCUGUUCAUCCACGAGCCAUUGAUGAAUUAAUCCAGAUCUACGAAAUGGAUUUCAUUAUGUUUGACUAUCACCGGGAUCGAUCUGAUGAGUUUCUAUCAAAACUGCUCUAACUCUACGUAUUGCGCCAAUUCCGACCUUAACUGGUCGAUGUCUAAACUUCAGCGAAAACAUUUUAGAUAAAGCGUUUCUAACACA